AUGCAGUUCUCUACCCUCCCUCUUCUCGCGGCCCUCACCGCAUCCGUCGCCUCUGCCUCACAGAUGCAAAUCAACUACUACAGCGAUGUCUGCAGCUCAUACGAGGGCCAAGUCGACGUCACCUGGGCCACCAACAUCUACAACGGCAAGGACAACUGCUACAACUACCACUUUGGCAACUACGCAAACAUUGCCAACUGCAACACCGGCGACGGCUGCAGAUGCAACUUUUACAACUCGGACAACUGCCAAAACUACUCGGGAUAUACCGCCUCUGGCACCGGAAACUGCAUUCCCGUUGCCAAUGCCAGGUCUUUCGAAUGCUGGUAUGGCAGCAACUAA